UCGAUGCAUUGGAACCACCACCCAAAUUGAUUAGUCCGGUUUUUCUUUGCGGUCGGAAGGCUAAAAAGCAUUUCUGUUUAAACUGAAACAUAUACAAAUUGCAAUUGGCUUAUAAAUUUGGUAAAGCAACUCGCAUAUAGCAGAAAAAUGGCUUCUGGAGUAACUGUAUCGGAUGUAUGCAAAACAACAUACGAGGAAAUAAAGAAGGAUAAAAAACAUCGCUAUGUAAUUUUCUAUAUUCGUGAUGAAAAACAAAUUGAUGUGGAAACUGUUGGUGAUCGGAAUAGCGAAUACGAUCAGUUUCUAGAAGAUAUCCAGAAAUGCGGUCCUGGAGAAUGCCGAUAUGGCCUCUUUGAUUUUGAAUACAUGCACCAAUGCCAAGGCACGUCCGAGAGCUCAAAGAAACAAAAAUUGUUCCUUAUGUCAUGGUGUCCCGAUACUGCUAAGGUUAAGAAGAAGAUGUUGUACUCUAGCUCCUUCGAUGCAUUAAAGAAGUCUUUGGUGGGAGUCCAGAAGUAUAUACAAGCUACUGAUUUGUCAGAAGCAUCUCGUGAAGCUGUUGAGGAGAAGCUUCGUGCUACUGAUCGCCAAUAGACUGCAAGGAUAAAUAGCUCUGUGCAAUGCAUUUGAAUUGAAAUACGUGCAUGAAUCAGUGAUUAUAUUGUAUCCGGUCAAGAUCGCCAAUUUGUAUGAGAAUUU